CUCUCUUCUAGACUUCUACGUUUUCUCUCUUACUACUGUCAUUUCACCAUGAGUUCUCUGGGGUUAGCCUUCUCUGCUUCAUUUGCCGGCGAUCGUCCAAUGACAUCCGGCCGCCGUUCGUAUGCUCGAAUAAAAAGCUUCAGAUGCACAAGAUUAAGCUGCAAGGCUUCUUCGUCGGAGUCCGGCUAUGAACAAUCUGUUCCGAUUCCAGCAGAUCGGUUGCGUCCGGUGAUUCAGCUUCCAGUCCCGAACAGACGGUGCCUCACCCACAAGGUUGUGGUUAUGGGAGCCACUUCUCCUGUUGCACAACAGUUGGUUUUGCUGUUGAAGCUGUUUAGAUCUAUCAGGGUUCUCAACCUGUACGAAGAAACAAAAGAAGGAGCCUCCGGCAUGCUGGAAUCCAUCGCUUCAGAUUUGAGCGGGAUAUGUACCGCUCCGACGGUGAAAGCUUUUUCUGAUGAUGACGACCUUCAGGACUGCUUCUGGGAUGCUGACAUCGUGGUGAUAGCCGCAGGGUCCGAGGAAGGUGCUGAUACAACAAAAGACUUCGAAAAUAAAGGUUUAGCUAUUCGGAGGUAUAUAGACCUUAUCUAUAGGUAUUCCACCCAGGCAUUAAUCAUGAUCAUGACAAAGCCCAUCGAAUCGAUGGUCCCUAUGGCAGCCGAAUACAUGGUCUUAAGGGGGCAAUACGGAACUUGUAGGCUCUUUGGCCUGACUGGAUAUCACUCCAUUCAGGCCAAUGCCUUGGUUGCUUCAAUGAAAAAUUUGCACGGUAAGGGCUUUUUCCAACAUCUCCGGCCCCCAUUCUUUGGGAUGGCUUCCUUAACAGACUAUUUUGGAGAUCUGUCUGUCACCUGGCCGCCGAGGACCAACUGGGCUUGUGUGGAUGUGCCCGUUGUGGGGGGUGAUGUGGGGGACACAAUUGUCCCCCUCCUCUCCAAAGUUUAUCCUGCAGGGUCUGUUGAAGGUAUCCAGUUCACUGAAGAGGAGGCUCUCCUUCUCCGAGCUCAGCUGCAGGGUGAAAACCGCCAGUCCGUUUACGCAGUUGCAUAUGCUGCUGCCCGAUUCAUUGACACUUGCCUCAGGGCGCUCAGCGGUUAUAUACCUGAAUCAUUCGAGAGGAAGGCAAUGAUGCCUCUGUAUGAUUAUGCAUUCGUGGCGGUGAAUCCUUUGGGAGACAGUUCAGAGUACUUCACAUGUAAGAUUGAGCUUGGUGUUGCUGGUAUCCAGCAUAUAUAUCUCUCUGAUCUGACUACGCAGUCCCAAGAGGAAAUGGUUGCCAUUGCAGCAGCGAAAGAAGCUCUGAAGGCACCUAUUCAGCGCGGCAAGGAUUUUGCCAUUUCCCACCCCAUGUGAUGAAACUCUCUUGGAAGUUGCAUUUGGCUGUGAACUCUUGUUUAAAUCAGAUGUGUGUUCCGUGUUUCGUUUAAGUAUUUAAAUUUUAAUUAGCCAGACCUGGUAGUGGUACUUGAUUAGGUAAGUUUCUGUUUGGUAAAUUAGGUCUGCUUUUGGAACAUAUUCUCGUCGACUUUCCAGAUUUUGGAGUCUCGACCGAAUUUGUUCAAGUUAGUUAUGUUUUGGAACCUCUCCUCGUGGACUUCCAGAUAUUGGAGUCUCGAGCGAAAUCUGUCCAAGUUAAAUUAUGUCCUUUAUUUUGUGUCCUUCAUUGUGCGCAAAAGUGACUUAUCUCCUUUCUUUGUGUCCUUUAUUAAGUGCAAAGAUCUACCUUUAGCUGCUGUUCUUGAGUGAACAUGUAUAUUAA